GUGAUACAGCGUUCUCCGAGUAUACAUAUGAGGAGCAGUUUGAGUUCUCCGGCGAACUCUCAGUAGUAGUGAACCCCUCAAUCUACGUGGGGGAGUCAGAACAUUCCGAAGUUCCUGUCCUUAUAGUGGAAUACGUGAAAACUAUAGCCCGCAAGGACGAAAAUCGUACCUGGUUCACUUGUCGAUGGCGAUGAAAUCUGCGAUGGGUUUACUUCGCACGUUGGCGUUGCCUCCUAUCGUUCUGGGCCUUCUUGUGGAUGGUUUUCGCAUUACGGUUGUCUGUUGUUCGAGGUCAGAGGCUGAGGAUCUGGUCACCGAACUCCCUGAAAAACUGGAUCGCGCAGCCCACGUUCAAGUAGAAAAGUCGAUAUCCUCAGGCACGUUUCCUUGGUGGAAGACGAGCUCAGACCGACAUCUGGGUAGUAACCAGACGAACGAUACCAUUCGUGACUGGUGUGAUGAUGCUGCUUCCAAAGUUCCCCCUUCUUCACUCUGAUGUUCCGUUACGACACAUCAUUAAUACUUGACUCGCGCGUUCUCAAUUUUUGUUGAUUUGCUAUAUUA